AUGUUGCUUCACUUUCUGUGUGUGAAAAAAAAAAAAUCAUUGUUUUAUACAGAUCUUUCAGAAACAACUUCACCACCACCAUCAUCAUCAUCAUCAUCAUCAUCAUCACCACCAUCAUCAUCAUCAUCACCACCAUCAUCAUCAUCAUCAUCACCACCAUCAUCAUCAUCAUCAUCACCACCAUCAUCAUCUUUUUCUUCUUUCUCAUCAGUCAGAGCUCCACAGAUCACAGGAGUUUCUAAAUCGUCUCCAUCUAGUUUUACUCCAGCAGACUCUUCUCCAAUCAUCUCUCUGGUUCCGGUUCUUCUGGUUCUGGUUCUGAUCAUCGUUGGUCUCUUAUUACUGUUUCUCUGCGGUGAUUCGUCAUCUCAGACUGGAGCAGGAAAACAUGAAGCAGUUUCUCACACUGGAUGUGAUUAUGAGGAGAUUAAAGACACUCACAAACAAUUACCCACAAACCCCUCUGAUUCAUCUAACGCUGUUUAUGCCACUGCUCAAUUACCCACAAACCCCUCUGAUUCAUCUAACGCUGUUUAUGCCACUGCUCAAUUACCCACAAACCCCUCUGAUUCUUCAGUUUACUCUACAGUUCAGGAAGCCUCUGGUGACUCUCAGAUCUUCAUCACAUCUGCUGAGGAUCUGAAUUACGCCGUGGUGAAUUUCCAGAAGAAAGCAGCCAGACUGUCCUGACAGAGUCAGUUUUGAGGAAUAAUCAGGAUUACAGUGAAUACACUGCUGUCAAUCAUCUCACUGCCUGACGAGCCACAGCAGACAAUCUCAAUGAGCUGAAGACUUUGACUUUUGAUUUUGGGUUUAAGUGUCAAUGUUUGGUAUUUGUGUUAUUUACGUGGUUCUCUUCUGCUGUAUAUUUAAGACAGUCCUGUAAGUCAGACAUGAAGGAUGUUUAAAGAUGCAGUGUUUUGUUCUGACACUCAAAUAAAUGAUCACAAACCCUUGAGUUUUUGGUCAGCAUUUGAUGUAAAUAAGUACUGAAUGUUUCAGAACAGAAGUGUGAAAUUAAAGUAGAAGCAGUACUCAUUUAGUUUGGUUAUCGUCAAACUACACGCUUGGUCACUAACGGUUUUUGUAAAAAAAAAUAAUAAUAAUUAUUAAGACUCAGUGUUAAAAGGCUCACAAAAUUUAAAACAGGAAGCAACUGUAUAUAUUUUUUUUCUCAGUGCUUAUUUUAAAAGCUUUAUAAAAUAAAAUGUAAUAAACCUAGAUGAAGUCAUGAUAUUGUAUGCAAAUAUGAUAUGAAUGGGUUAUGAAAAUCUGAAAUGACAAAUGCACAACUUCUCUCCCCUGACUGAGGUGAAGUGUAAGUUAUUUUGAUUAAAGUUAACCAGAUUACACGAAUAAAAAAAUUUAUGUGCUCAGGUAAAUCAUUUAUAAUAAAAACUGUAAUGUUCAAUAAAAAAGCAAG